AAUGUAUUUGGCUAAUAAUACUCGACCAGAUAUUGCUUUUUCUGUAAAUUUAUUAGCCAGGUACAGUUCUUCCCCAACAAGAAGGCAUUGGAAUGGUGUCAAACAUAUAUUCCGAUAUCUCAAUGGUACAAUCGAUCUUGGAUUGUAUUUCAAGAAUGGUGCAAAUGCCACUUUAAUUGGCUACGCGGAUGCAGGAUACUUGUCUGAUCCACAAAAGGCAAAAUCACAAACAGGAUAUUUAUUCACCUAUGGUGAUACCGCUAUAUCAUGGAGAUCAAUGAAGCAAACAUUAACUGCAACAUCAUCAAAUCAUGCAGAAUUAAUUGCUCUUUAUGAAGCAGGUCGUGAGUGUGUCUGGUUGAGAUCAAUGAUCCAGCACAUACAAAAUGAAUGCGGUAUAAAAUCUUUUACUUCUAAUCCUACUGUGAUUUAUGAAGAUAAUACAUCAUGUAUAGCUCAGAUCAAAGGGGGUUACAUCAAAGGGGACAGAACAAAGCAUAUAGCACCAAAACUUUUCUCCACACAUGAUCUUGAGAAAGACGGAACGGUUGAUGUCAAACAAAUCAAGUCAUGCGACAACCCUGCUGAUUUGUUCACAAAGUCAUUGGCACCGAAGAUAUUUGAAGAACUGGUCCAUAAAAUUGGAAUAUAUCGUCUUCGAGAUAUAUGUUAAAUUGAGGGGGAGUAAUAUAAUGCACUGCACUCUUUUUCCCUUCGUCAGGUUUUUUAUCCCACUGGGUUUUUCUUGACAAAGGUUUUUAACGAGACAGUACAUUAUAAUACUAUGAAUCUAAUACCCCAGAAUAAUUAGAAGAUGACCAUUCAAGGGGGAGUGUUGAAAUAUAAUUGAAUUAGUCAUCUUCCAACUAUUCCUGAUUAGGAAUUAUUAUCACCAUUAUAUAAAUAAUCAGGAAAUCAUAAUUAUGAUUCUAGAUGAUAAUUGUGUGGUUCACAAUUAUCCUCUAAUCCUAUGAAGCUUAACUUUUCUCCUAUAAAUAGGAGGCUUCUCCAUUGUAAUUAACACACCAUGGUUACACCAUUAUCACACUUCUAAUAACAUCUUUCUCACUAAGUAUUCAGACUAUACUUUCUCUCCCUGAUCUUCUGCUUAUUUCCUUCCAUAUUAUAAC